GUGAAAAAGAGAUGAUAGGAAGCCAGGAGAGCUGAGAGAGGGCUGUCAGGGAACACAGCAUCCCAGGCUCCUGGUGUCCGUUGCUUAUUUCAUUGCUGUCAAUGUCAAGAUGCCCUCCUUCCUUGGUUUAAAAUGUCUGGGGAAAUUGUGCAGCUCUAAGAAAAGCAAAGUCACCUCAUCUGAAAGAACCAGCAGCAGGGGCUCCUACCGAAGGAGACUGACUAUUGAGGAUGUGAGUGUGACUGGGACCCCCUACUCUGCUCAGAGGCAGAGGCGUGCCACCAUCACUCACGUGCUGUAUCUCUAUCCCGAGGUCUGUGGCCCAUCUGAGCAUGUGUUUAACAGCUGCGACCCUCUGGUGGCCCACCCUCAGGACCCUCACCACCCGUCGGAGAAGCCUGUCAUUCACUGCCAUAAAUGUGGGGAGCCAUGCAAGGGCGAAGUGCUUCGGGUGCAAACCAAGCAUUUCCACAUCAAAUGUUUCACCUGCAAAGUGUGUGGCUGUGACCUAGCCCAAGGGGGCUUCUUCAUAAAGAACGGGGAGUAUCUCUGCACCCUGGACUACCAGAGGAUGUACGGGACUCGAUGCCAUGGCUGUGGGGAGUUCGUGGAGGGCGAGGUGGUGACUGCCCUGGGCAAGACCUACCAUCCCAACUGCUUUGCUUGUACCAUCUGCAAGCGCCCGUUUCCACCCGGGGACCGAGUGACAUUCAAUGGGAGAGACUGCCUCUGCCAGCUCUGUGCCCAGCCGAUGUCUUCCAGCCCUAAAGAAGCCACCUGCUCCAGCAACUGUGCUGGCUGCGGAAGAGACAUCAAGAAUGGGCAGGCACUGCUGGCGUUGGACAAGCAGUGGCACUUGGGCUGCUUCAAAUGCAAGUCUUGCGGGAAGGUCCUCACUGGCGAGUACAUCAGCAAGGAUGGUGCCCCAUACUGUGAAAAGGACUACCAGGGGCUCUUUGGAGUGAAGUGUGAAGCCUGUCACCAGUUUAUCACAGGGAAAGUCUUGGAGGCAGGUGACAAACAUUAUCACCCCAGCUGUGCACGAUGCAGCAGAUGCAACCAGAUGUUCACAGAAGGAGAGGAAAUGUAUCUUCAAGGUUCCACCGUUUGGCAUCCCGACUGUAAACAGUCUACUAAGACAGAGGAAAAGCUACGGCCACCAAACAUUCAUCGUUCUCCAUCUGAUUUCUUUUAUCCCAAAAGUCUGAUCCGCCGCAUAGGACGGUCUCCAUCUCUUCAGCCUACCAGGACCUCCUCUGAAAGUAUUUAUUCUAGACCCGGAUCCAGCAUCCCUGGUUCACCAGGGCAUACUAUCUAUGCAAAAGUAGACAAUGAAAUCCUGGAUUACAAGGAUUUAGCAGCCAUUCCCAAGGUCAAGGCAAUCUACGACAUUGAGCGUCCAGACCUUAUUAGCUACGAGCCUUUCUACAGUUCAGGCUACGAUGACAAACAGGAGAGACAGAGCCUUGGAGAGUCUCCAAGGACAUUGUCUCCUACUCCAUCAGCAGAAAGCUACCAGGAUGUUCGGGAUCGGAUGAUCCACCGGUCCACCAGCCAGGGCUCCAUCAACUCCCCUGUGUACAGCCGCCACAGUUACACUCCGACUACGUCACGCUCACCCCAGCAUUUCCACAGACCCGAGCUUUUGUCUCCUGGUGUGCAGAGGUUGUCUCACCUGCGCACCAGCAGCUUCAGCUCCGCCCACGGCGACUCCCGUCCCAACCCCCCCUUCAGACACCACUUCCUCCCCCAUGUGAAAGGCAACGAGCCGUCCAGCGGCCGGAACUCCCCUCUCCCUUACCGGCCCGAAAGCCGCCCUCUAACUCCAACUUACGCUCAGGCCCCUAAACAUUUCCAUGUUCCAGAUCAAGGGAUCAACAUUUACCGAAAACCACCCAUCUACAAACAGCAUGCUGCCUCGGCAGCACAGAGCAAGUCCUCAGAAGACAUCAUCAAGUUUUCCAAGUUCCCAGCAGCCCAGGCGCCAGACCCCAGCGAGAUACCAAAGAUUGAAACAGACCACUGGCCUGGUCCCCCCUCACUGGCCGCCAUAGGAACUGACAUGAGACGCAGAUCUAGUGGCAGAGAGGAAGAUGAGGAGGAACUUCUGAGACGCCGGCAGCUUCAAGAAGAACAACUGAUGAAGCUUAACUCAGGCCUGGGGCAGUUGAUACUGAAGGAAGAGAUGGAGAGGGAAAGCCGGGAAAGAGCUUCCCUGUCAGCCAGUCGCUACGACUCUCCCCUCCACUCAGCUUCACAUGCUCCAUCAUCGAAGACCUCAUCUCUCCCUGGCUAUGGAAGAAAUGGACUGCACCGGCCUGUUUCCACAGACUUUGCUCAGUACAACAGCUACGGGGAUGUCAGCGGGGCACUACGAGAUUACCAGACCCUCCCGGAUGGCCACAUGCCUGCCAUGAGAAUGGACCGAGGAGUGUCUAUGCCCAAUAUGUUGGAACCAAAGAUAUUUCCAUAUGAAAUGCUCAUGGUGACCAACAGAGGGCGCAACAAAAUCCUAAGAGAUGUGGACAGAACCCGACUGGAGCGCCACUUGGCACCAGAAGUGUUUCGGGAAAUCUUCGGGAUGUCCAUACAGGAGUUUGACAAGUUACCUCUUUGGAGACGCAAUGACAUGAAGAAAAAAGCAAAACUCUUCUAAGUCCUCCACAUAAAUGGCAGUUAGGAAAAAAAAAAAAAAGACUGCCAAGGCAGCACUGCCUAGGAUGUGUUAAGGCCCAAACUUGAUUGGAGAAUUUAUAUCUACCAUCCCUCAGCAACAACAAAAAGGGGAAGUCUGGUCACAACACCCUUGAGCCAAAUAUUGGGCCAACCAACAAUAACACUUGCCAAGCAGCAAGGGGGUAGAAAUUUCUGUGUUCCCCAACUUAGCGGUGUGUCCACGUGUGAUCUUUUUACAUGACCUCGUGUGCACAACAGGAGCUUCCUUCUUUCUCCUUCUGUUUUCUUUUAACUGUUGUCCAACAUAGUGCUGACUGUACUCAUAAGAGCCAGCAAGUGCCCUUAGGAUGCUGCUCGGGAAGAAACAGUGUGCUAAUUCCAAAGUAUAACUGUAUUUAUUAUGUAGCACUGUGCUAAGGAGGAGAAGUCCAAGGAGCGUGGCCAUGUGGUAGCAGCGGUUUUCCACGCACCUCUCCUUACCAGCUUCAGACAGCAGUGCCUGUGCUCAGGCAGGCAUGGGAAUCAGGAACCAACCAGGCAGCUCUGACCAGGUGGAUGUGUACUGGGACGAAUCAUUUUUGACAAGCUCUUUAUUCUCUCUCCUGUUUGCUGGGAACAGGUUGGCUAAUUACUUGGCCAUUGGUAGAAUUUUUUAAGAGAAAGGAAAAGAGAUGAAGGAAACCAUCUCUGAGCUCUCUCCUGCUUCAGGUAGUGUGCUGAAUCCUUGCUCCCCACCAAGGACAGGAGCUGGCUUGGACUCCACCUUCAUGAACAGAGGAAAGACAUAAACUGUCUCCAGAUUGGCCUGGCUGCAAGCUGCUGGUGAUUUUUGCCCAUGGCUUCUGUCACUCUUAGAAAAAGAAAUGAUCGUACUGCCACCAACCCAGGCUCUUCUACUCUGUGCCCUGCUCUGUCCAGCAUCCUAUGAAUCAGAUCAAGCCCAUACUGAUUUUCUUCAGUAAUCGGCUGAGGAAAGGCACGUUUUUCUCUUAAAUCUCUGCAACUCCAAAGUAGAUUGCAUCCAACAGAUUUAUUUUGCCCAGCACUGUUAACUUCAUGGAGUGGAGGUGUGUGUUUGUAUGUGUGUCCAUGUGCGUAUAACUCACCCAGGGCAAUUUUGUGAGUCUGCAUGUGCUUUGUAAUUUCUGCUUGGAUGUCACACUGUGAUGCUGCUUCUAAAGGACAUUUUCACAAGUGCAUGUGAAGUCAGGAAUGAGGCUAGACUCUGCCUCCAACAUCUCCUCCUUCAUGGGGAAGGUGUUGAUGCUUGAAAGAUGGCGUGUCCAGGUGCUGAUGUAGCUCCUAGAGGGAUUAGGCUCUUUGAAGCUCAGAGCAUCUCAUCAGAGUCCUCAUCCUUUGCAGCUUCUCAGUUCACAUUGGAGCUCUGGUCUCACUAAAAUGUGCACUUAAGAUCACAUUGUGGGGCCUGGCAUGAGUUGGAUAAGAAGACUCUUCUAAGGUUCAGUCACUUUUGCUUUCAUGCUUUGAGGCUCUGCUUAAGAGUUUAAAGUCUGUUAAAGCUAAAGGAAAAAAGCUUGGAAUUCACCUGCAAAGUCCUCUGAGAAAAAAAUAGCUCAAAGAUCCUUCCCCCUGCACCAAGGACUAGGAUCACCAGCUGUCCACCCGACCUUGUGGUAAAGAGCGAGCUGUAGAGCUUCUGAGGCUGUGUUCAGACCUGUGAUGCCUCUGCCUAUUGGGUUUGAGUGCUGCAGUGGACACUGUAGUUGCUCUAAAUAUUCACCUGUGCACUUACCAAGGGAAUCUAAGUGUGAGAACUGCUCUCUCAAAUCCACGUGUGCUGGAUGUGUUGGACUCACUGACAUAUGCAGUGGGUGACAGGAUGGGCCUGAGCAGGUCAGACUCGCUUCUGCUUGCUCUGAGGGAGCCUGCAGUUUUCCCUGCAGGCCUUAACUGCCUCCCACUUUCCCAUGUUUUCACUGUCCUCUCUCUCUGCACAAAGCCUGUGUGUCCUAGUUCUUCCCUGCCCUGGCAGGGUGUAGAGGUGGGGAGUAUGGUGCAUUCACAAUGUCUUCCCGCCAUUGUCACUGCUGGUGACUGUGGCUUUGUGAGUCCCAGCGCUUGACUGAUGGCGAGAAUCUUUUUUUAUUAUGGAGAUAAAGAACCUGCCAUGUUUUUCUUUGGUUAAUGAGUCAUCACCCAUAAAAUACAGAUCACAUGGCCAGGGUGAGAAAAUGAAGAUACUUGGAGCAAUUAGAUGGUUUAGCUAAAGUUCUUACAGUUCUACAUUAAAAGGACAUGGUUUUGUCAUGGAGUAGGAAAAUUAGACAAAGAAGGAACAGUCCUCUUUUAUUUUACAGACUUAGAAAGAAGGGCUUGCCUAAGGUUACAAUGGUCAUUAAAGAACUGGACUCUAAAUUCUGCUCCCAUUAAAGACACCUUGUUUUUCUUCUAUCUUUUGAAAUCAGUUCUGUACCCCGCUUGAAAUUUUUGAUAAAGCUUCUUUCCAUAUCAAGCAUACUGGUUCCUUUAAUCUGUACCUUGCAAAAAUGCAAUUACUAGAAACGAUCAGUGGUCUCCUAUCUGCAAGCAGAGCAGUGCUGUGCUCUGCUUUGCAGCGGGGCCACUCCUGGGGAAAAGACUGUAGCUGGCAGGAUGGUCGAGGAACCAUCUAGUUCUAACUGCCCAAGCCAGGGGAUGGGUUUCAGUGCCCUCUCCAUUUUAUUAAACUGAGCUCAGCAUGCUUGAUAUUGAAAUCUCUGGUACACAGCACAGAGGAGGAGCCCUACCUGUAUUACACAGGAAAGAGUGAACCGUAACAAGAUCUGAGUCGCUUGUUCACUGUAGGAAAAGAAUUACGUGCAUGGCAGGCUCAGUGCAUAUUUUAAGGGCUACAUUUUCAAGCAUUUGACUUACUUAUGACUUGAAGUGCAUACUAUUUGCAUGAAGUCAAAGGGCCCUCUGUUGACAGUAUGAGGGUUAGUGCUUCCUUUAAAAUGUCUUCAAGGAAGCCCAGGCUAUCAUGUGUUCUUCCUGUGUGAUUUCCUUGGAGACACAAAGUGCAUCUGGAAACCUAUACAGCUAGCUAUGCAUCUCAAUUUUGGUUUGGGGUUUGUUAUGAAAUGUUUUUGAUAUAACUUCUUCAAUAAUUAAACACACACCGCCUGUCCUCUGAAACCUCAAAGAGAAAAACUAAUAUUGACAGAUAAUAGGGUACCAAAAAAAAAAAAAAACCCUGGGAUGGUUUUCUAUCUGUAAUGUCCUCCGUUAUCCCUCAACCCCAGCCCCAACCCUGCAGCCUUCCCUUCUGAGGCCCAGGCUGGAGGGUUUUUCUCUCCCAGCCAUCAGCUUCCUCAUCUUAGUCUAGUAUCUGUUACCCAUGACUCAGAGAAGCGCAGCUGGAGAUGUUUCUAAAACUCUCGCUUGAUUUCUUUGUACUUUGAAGCAAACAUCUUUUUUCUGAGAAUUGCUUCUCAGAUGAUGAUAGUAUAUACAUAUGCUUUUGCAAGUUUAAAAGAAUUCAGAUUAACCAUUUUUUACUAGAGGAGCCUUUCUAAAAAUUAGCGCAAACUUAGCACUGGCAUUCUAGGGUGUGACAGGCAGCAGGCCUAGCUCCAGCUCGGGCACCGGGAACUGUACUCCCCAUCCUCUUUCUGGCCAUCAUGAAUGAGUAGGGGAAGGAAUGAACUCUGUCUCAACAACCCUUCUGUGCCCUGAAGUGAAUUCAGAUUUUUGAUCACUUUGUCUAUAUUUCUGGUAGCUGUUUAACCUUUACUUCUUGUGCCAGCCUAGAUUUUAUUUGAUUUCUAAAAUUAUUUUCUUUUGACAAAGUAUUGGGGUGCCCUAAAGCUUCCUCUUAAUACUUCUUUUUGAAGAAUACUUCAAUGCAAAUAAAGAGAUUAUUCGGGGUUGCAGUGACACCGUCUCACCCUGAGGAUGUAUACUGAGGAACUAUCCAGCUACACUGUGAUAAGAGGAAGAGAAAGCUUUACUUUGGCAUUUUACACAAACCACUGUAUCUUACCAUUUGCUGUUAGAAAGCGGAGAGCUGGUGACAGAUACACUUUGCAUAUGGAUCGUUACAUUUUCAUUUGGGUAGUUUUCGUUUAUGGGAAACUCGGGAAGGUGGUCACUUGAGGUUGAAACUUUCUAAACAGUGAAUGUGUACACAAUAAAAUUAAAGCAAAUCCAACAUUUUCUGAAGCUUAGUGUAAUUGAGUGGCAGUUACCGUGAAAUCAAACUCAUCCCAGAGUGUCUCUCCCAAGAGUGAAGUUUCCAUGAGUAACUUCCAUAGCCUUUCAAAGGAAGAUGGAAAAGACAGCACUGUGUACCCCAACAUGUAGAUAGGGUGCGGGCCCCUGCCUGACCACGUACGCCUAUGUUUCCUUAUCUUGUGGACGAGGAGACAGUUGUCCCAAAACUUCUUGUUCCUUUUGGGCUUUGUGUAUAGACUUGUCCAGUGAUUAAUGCUAGUGGUUUCCACGAGUCACUGAUGACCCUGCAUUGAAGCUCUCAGGAGUUGUUUCAUUUUGAGUUGGGGUUACGGAGCUGUUUCCAGCUGGUGAAAGGCACACCUUCCUGGCCUUCCUAGCUUUGCAGGCCUCCCUCCUUUCCCUCCACUUUCAGACCUAGGAAGGCAAAUGUUUGGAAGAACCCUUUGAGAAGCCUUGUUUCCUGUGAACCGAGUGGGUGGUGUCUGCACCUGAAGGCCUUGCGCUCAUGCACAGCAGAAGGGCGGCCUGCCGGUCUCCAUGUCACUGAGCUGCACAGUUCCCGACCCGCUCCACUCUCCUGUUGCCAGCAGCACUGACCUAAGCACCCCUUAGCCGCUCCAAUCUGCGUCUGCUCACAACCUGGUGAAUAAAACUAUGUGCUUCAUUCGUGA